AUGUCAUUGGAAAGUUUGCAAGUUACAAAGAAACCAAAGAAGAUUGUACUUGUGUUUAAUGAAGGAAAAUCACUUUCCAUUGGAUUUAAUAAUACUGACAACAUAUCAAUCUAUUCAAUAACAAACCCAUUCAAUUAUAAACCAUUUAUCAAAUCGUUAAUACUAAAACAUAUUCCUAACAUUCAUAUCAUUGUGUCUUUAACAAAUGCUAACGUGAUUGUCCAAUUAAUGAAAUUUCUUUAUCAAUUCCAACAAUUUUCGAAACAAUUACAAACUGAAUUCUUAACAAAACAUAAGAACUUCUUACAGAAUAACCAAGAAGAAGAAUUAUCUGUUCGAUUAGCAAUCGGACAAUGUGAUCUUCCAUUGUCGUUCCCCGUCACGAUACUAUUAGACUCUACUCAAUUCCUGCAUCAAAAUCAAUUAUCGCCUUCCACAAUUCUUAAUCAACAAUUAUGUCGAUUUAUAAGUUUAAAACAUGGUUGUACAGUCAUAUGUCGAUCUCCAAGUAACCCUAAAAUUCCAAUUGAAGACACGGUUGAAAGUUUGAUAGAUUUUCAAAUGCCACCAAAGCCAAUCUUUGAUGACAGUGCCACAAAUGAUGAUAUUCAGUUAUAUAUUCCCAGUUCAUGGGAUUCAUGGAAUAAAAUAAUUGUUCAAGGGAAAUCAAUUAUGAUGAAUGACAAUAAUCAAUCCCUGUUAAUAUGUGACGUUCAGCAGCUUGAACAAUUGAAUUCAGCAUAUGAUGAUUACUUUAACCAUGACGAUAUUGAUGUUGGGACAGUAUUUGCUCAAUUCAAUAAAAAGCAAGAGAAAGAAGAACUGAAAAAGAGGGAGAAAUUACAUUCACUUAAUGAAAUUCUUUCAGAGAUUGUAAAUCCUUCCAUGGUUGAAGCUUAA